AUGCGUUGUCGCUGCUCCGUCGACGAACUUCAAAAGGUGGCACGCAUCUUCGUCGGCGAGGCUUUCGCUAUGUGUGCAGUCACUAGUGCCUGUAUCCUGUCACAAUAUGGUCCGGCCACCAGUAACAGUUCUGCGGCCUUCUCCGUUGGCGCCGCUGUCUACACAGCCACCUGGGUCGUCGGUCCAGUGAGCGGUGCCAACAUCAACCCUAUGGUCACUUUGGCCAACGUCGCUUUGCGUCGUAUUCCCCUGCAAUACCUGCUGCUGUACUGGUUAGGCCAGCUGUUGGGUGGAGUGUUGGGUUUCCUCUUCGCCUUCCAAAUUUCGCCCUUCGUAAAAGACGACCCGUUGGCUGGGGUUACCGCACCCGCCCCGGGGUCUCAGACCUGGAGGCAUUUGGCUGCGAGGCCUUCAUAA